CAUUACACGCAAGAAUUUACCAACACUGGCUCAUGUGCCGCAUAUAAAAUCGCGCUCGUUUGCUUAUUUUGUUAGGAUUGCAGAAUUAAUUAUUUACAAUGAGUGAAGAUACCGUACCGAAUUUCGAACUUGGCGAUGCACUCGCCACGCGCUGCGGCAAUACUUUAACUGCAAGAUUCGUACCAGGCGGCUCUAAAAUAGCGCUGAGUGCAUAUCGGCCAGUUAAGUGGAGCACACGCGACGUGCCGAGCGAAACAGCUGCAGAGGACCCUGUGCUUAUAUAUAUGGCACAGGAAGCGACUCUUUACGGGGAACCACUGCUUCGUAGCUUACUAGCUGAAACAAAUGCCACAUUUGCAACUCUACAGACUUUGAGCCAGGGGCCGAAAGGAGACGCAAAGAAAACAAUAGAGUACAUAAAAAUUUCCAGAACAUAUCGUAGUAUAGUGCGUUGCUGCCUCGAGAAACUGGAACACGCUAAAAAAUUGCCUGAAGUACAAGAGAAUGAUGCCAAGCAACAACAACAUACGGACGCAAUAUUAACAUUCUAUGCAAUUGAAUGCCUAUGGCAUUUGUUUGAAAUACUCUACAUGCAGCAGCAGCACAAUCAGCUGAUUGUCCCCCAGCUAUUGGAAUGGACACGCUUUCAUUAUCCUAAUACGGAAGAUACUGCUACUGAUUUGUUGCUCAUGGCCGAAGAGGCCAGCGAAUGCGACAGCUAUUGGGACACAUUAAAAACACUCAUAAUGCUCGGUCAGCUGGACGUAACACGUGCCAUACUCUCGCAGCAUCGCAAAUUCAACCAAGCAGCCUUUCAAACAGCAGAACAAGUGCUCAAGUCCAUGCCAGUUUAUCAAGAUGGAUAUGCAAUGCAAAAGUUUUGCUCCCAGUGGGAGUACUGGCAUGUGGACUUAGAGCGAAAAUUAGCUGCUCAUAUGUUUGCUACCGAACCACAGCUUGAGCUGCUUAUGCAGCUGGUUUCAGGCAGCAACGAGCAUUGGGAUGCGGCACUGCUGAAAUCCCAGGACUGGUAUGAGUUUCUACCGGGCUAUUUGCUCUUCACGAGGCCUGCGUGCAAACCAUUUGAGCUGCGAAUUGCUGCGAGCAACUGGGUUAACCGCUGGUCAGGGCUUCGCCCUAACUGGGAGAUGACGCAAAUGAGUCGCAUGGUUUUGCAGCUGAUGGAGCACGAUGUCAAGCUCUUUAUCUACGAUAUGCAGAAGCUAAAUGACAGUCAUUGGUUCGCUACACAUCUCAUAGAUCUAAUCUAUCACUCGGGACAGCUCAAGUCAUAUUUUGAACAGCAGCACGUUGACCUCCCCGCAUUGCGGUACUCAAUGGUGUUUGAGUAUGGCAGCUAUUUGAUGACCUCGCACAACCUCUGGCAACUGGGCAUUGAUUAUUUAGACUGCUGCAAGCAAGAGGGAGUUGCAGCGAUAGAACAGCUGUUGCCGCGCAUUCCCCUGAAGAGCGAACGUCAAGCUUUUAAGAUAAUCGCAAUGGCUAAAGAACGUGGUCUAGUUAACGUCGAACAGGACAUCUGCAAAGUGCUAUCAAAGCGGGCGUAUUCCGAUCAGCGAUAUGGCAGUGCUCUUGAAUGGGCUGUACGCUCAAAGGAUGUUUUGCUUGUUACGGCCAUCGCCGACUUUAUACUGAAGCACUAUUCCAGUACUGGUGUCAUACUCUGUCCAGAUGUUAUAACAAGCAUUGGAGCACGCAUGUUUGUGUCGCCACGUUUGGUAUUUCUUUCAAAGUAUUUCGAGUUCUAUGAGUUUUACCGGCAACGUGACUUUUUGUCUGGUGCUGAACUGCUUAUCAAUCUUCUGGCUUCGAAAAUAACGCCCGAUUACUUCUGGCCCUCGCUGCUCAUUGAUGCUCUGCCGCUACUGGAGUCCGAAGAUCCGAAGAUUUUUUGCAAGGAGACUAUUGCUAUACUACAGCAUUUGGAAAUGGAGCUAGUACCAUUAAUAGAACGCAACAAACUAAACACUGCCAAGUUUAACAAUCAAACAUCUAAAACUGUGUUCAGCGACUACCGCGUGGAGAAUGUUGAGGAGAUAUUGGAUCUGAUGCGCUUAGCAUGUGCCCGAAAUCUGUCCAGAGCAAUGAUCAUUGAGAAUACAGCACCCACUACGUAAUUGUUUGAUAUAUUUCCUUUGUAGUGUAUUUUAUUUAAUAUUUUCGCUUUUCAAUACAUCGUAAUCGUAAUUUGUUGUAAACGUUUAUUGCAUUGCUAAUUUCUUUUUAUUUAUACGGUUUGUUUAUUUGUGCCUCUUUUUGUCGUGUAUUAUUUAUUGUAAGUACCAACAACGCUAGAUGUCUGAUUAAGACUGUCUCAUUUGGCCGAAAGCAACUGACCGCGAUGCAACUUAAACCGUAAAAAUAUUAAAUUAAAGCAUUUUGGGUACUCUAUUGUUGACAAAUUUUGUAAGCAGGAUUUGAAUUAUAUAUGCUAGUCUAUAGGAUUAUGUUCUUUUCUUUUCGUAAGGCAAAUUAAAAUCUUAAGUCGAACUUAAAACGAAAUUAUAAACUUAAAGUGUUCUAUAGAUAAAUACAUAGUUGUGUUUAUAGCUGCACAGGAUUUAGGGUAAUGCACCUAAGAACUAAGAAACAACGCACAGAGCACAAUGGAGUAGUCCGUAUA